AAACACCGCAUUCCUUUGGCACAGGAUGAAGACCAGCUCAGCUCUUCAGCCGUUGAUCAUUGUCUAUUGUUCUCCAAACAGUAAACCACUAUUUCACACCAAGAGACUGUGAGCGGCAGUUCUGGCUGAGUCCUGGGCUUCUCAUGAAUAUGAAGUAAAGGGCUCUGACCCAGAAAGUGGUUCUGAGCAGGGUAAAAUGGGGUCUCGGAAAUGUGGAGGCUGCCUAAGUGGUCUGCUGAUUCCGCUUGCACUUUGGAGUAUAAUUGUGAAUAUAUUACUGUAUUUCCCAAAUGGGCAAACUUCCUAUGCAUCCAGCAAUAAACUCACCAACUACGUGUGGUAUUUUGAAGGAAUCUGUUUCUCAGGUGUCAUGAUGCUUAUAGUAGCAGCAGUUCUUCUUGUACUGGAGAAUGAUAAUAACUGUAAAUGUUGCCAGAGUGAAAACUGCAGCAAAACAUACAUGACACUGCUGUCAAUGAUUUUUUCUUCCCUUGGAAUUGCUUUCUCUGGAUACUGCCUGGUCAUAUCUGCUCUGGGCCUUGUUCAGGGUCCAUACUGCCGCACUCUCGAUGGCUGGGAGUACGCCUUUGAAGGCACUGCUGGACGUUUCCUUACAGAUUCCAGCAUCUGGAUUCAGUGCCUGGAACCUGCACAUGUAGUGGAGUGGAAUAUCAUUUUAUUUUCCAUUCUCAUAGCACUCAGUGGGCUUCAGGUGAUUGUUUGCCUCAUCAGAGUAGUCACUCAGUUAUCCAAGAUACUGUGUGGAAACUAUUCAGUCAUCAUCCAGCCUGGAAUUAUUUGAAUAAGGACAAGAAUGUUUUCCAUUAUCAAGAUAUGCCAUCUGUUUUUCUCAUAUCUACUGUAUAGACUUAAGGGCAAUAUUCCAGUGAUGAUGUUUUCUCCAUUUGGUGUUUGUUGUGCCUGCUUAUGAAAUUUACAUUCCUCACUGAAUGUGCCAACUAUGCUACCUUUCCAUUUAGAAUAUUUUUCUAAGCAAUAUGUGUCAGGAUCUUCAGAAAUGUUUAUACCCUUUGGUCAAACAAAUCCAUUUCCAAUAAUCCAUACUAUGGAAAUAAAUAAGAAUAGAAGAUAAAACUUUAUGCAAAUAUAAAUAAUACAACAUUAUUUAAUAUUCUGGAAAAUUAGAAAUAUCCAACAGUCUAACUUUAGGGGAAGAAUUAAAUAAAGAGUAGUAUAUUAGUUGUAAUAUUAUAAAGUCAUUACAAAAUAUGUCACACAAUCAUUACAAAUUACAUUUUUAAUAUUAUGAAUACUGUUAAUUUACAAAACAGAUUAUAAAUCCAUGUUUAUAGUAUAUGUAUAACCACCUAAAGUAAACACCAAAUAAUCAAAAUUUACAAUAAAAACUAAAUCUAGAAGGAUUUUCAGAAAAAUGUCAGCUGUCAUUGACUUGGAUCAUAGGUGACCCUUCCUACUUUUCUAUAUUUUCUAAAUUUUCUUUAUUAUGUUUUAUCAUUAAAAUACAUUUUUAAAACUCA